CAGCAGCAUCGUUUAAACAAUCCAUUUAGACAUGUACCAUGCAGCACCCUGUGUCUGCCUUGGCCAAAUGCACCGACUUAACCGAAGUGUCUCACCAAAGUCCACGAGGAUGCCGGCACACUCCCAAUCGCAUUACCUCCUGCCCUGCCCAUCAGAACCAACCCGCCCUCGCAUAUCCAGUGCUGUGUCUGCAAGUCUGACUUCCUCGACGACUUGCAGAGAGGUGUCAGCUCAACUCCCUCACACACGACACACACGGACUUAACCAAAGUGUCUUCAUAGAAAGUGACGAGUAGAAGCCUCGCUGCUCUGCCCAUGAGAGCCCGGGCGCCCCUCGUAUACCUACGGAGCUAUCGCUGAUCCCACACUACACCAGCCAGCCAGCCAGGCCCGUCUCAUGUAUUGCCCUGCAUGUGACCCCGCCCGCCCCUCCGCCCAUGACUGUCUGUGUCUGUCUAUCCGAUGUUCGCCACAUUGUUGGUAUGGCCAGCUUCAUCUUGGUCUGUUGGCUGCCUGCUGGAGCACACCCACCUGCCGUCGACCAUGAACUUGUACAUGUACCUGCCGGGCGGCAGCGACAAGGGCAGCACGAAGCAGUUGUGCUCCCCCGCAGACCAGUACAUCGGAUAUCCGCCAUGCCAGCCGUCGAAUGAGCCCUUAAGCUCCACCUUGGAGGGACGAGUGUGCGCCGUCGGCACGUACUUGAAGAUGUGAUCGAUCCUGACACCACCACCAUAGGCACACAGCCACGAUCUGGCCGCUGCUCUUAGUGCGGUGUGUGCGUCUGUCUCUGUGGGUGGUUACUUGCUGUCGCCACUCUUCUCUGCUGCAGAGAGGAGCGGUGUGGUCUCCUCAUCCGCCGCCACCGCUUUGGCCGUGUCGAUGUCCAUAUCGUCGUCCCCCUCCAUGCUGGACUUGGUGUCGCUCGUGUCCUCCAUCGGAGCACAGGCAUCCUGCCAACCAUGGCACAGGACAGCGAAACAGAUCCAUACCGUCGGCGCUCACGCGUACAUAUCCACAGCCAACCCACCUCUCUCGGGUUUUUGUCUUCUUUUUGGUCGCCACUCGCCGCCUCGUUCGUCACCGUUUGAGGCGCCGCAGACACUUCCUGCAGACACACACACAAGUGCAGCAACGUAUCUGCUGUCUUGCAGCUCCACUUGACGGCUUGGCUCACCUUGGCGUGUUGGCGGGCUUCCCGGGUCAAAUCGGCCAGUGCGGGCAGAUGCCAGUGCUGUUGGAGGGAUGGUGGAGGGGAUGGUGUGCGAGGCUGUGACACACACACACACACACACACACACAUCCAGUGUGAUCGAUUCGGACAGGCGUGCGGGGCAGCUUACCAGUGGUGGUGGGGGUGGUCGGCUUCGCUCCAUGAGAGCCGCCAUGACGGCAUCGAACGCCGACAUGCGAGUCCACCCCCCGAUCGCCCCACGUGUGCGCCCAUCACACAUCAGCUGCACCAGAUGGCCCACCGUGGAGCACCCAGCAUCCUUCAGGCUGUGCAUGAAGUCCUUGGCGCCUAUGAGACUCUGCUCGCCCCGCGUGUAGUAGUGCAGCCGUCGACCCGCCCGACUGGCAGCGCACCACUGGAUGAGAAACUUCCACUGGGGAUCGCCACCAAACACACCGCAGCCCCAGUUGCCUGAACGGCCAUACACACACACGCACACACACACGAAUGGACGCAGACGAAUCAUGAACAGCCAUCAUUCCUGUGUGUGUGCGUGGUAUCCACUCACCCGUCGCGAAGGGCAUACCAUCGACGACCGUCAGGCCAUUGCUGUGGAACGCCGUGUGUGCCUUGUUGAGAUCACGCACCACAGACGUCUCGUCGUACUGGUGGUUCUUCCUGUGCUUGCCAAAGUUGACGGCAUCGAAGGCCACGAUGUACUUGCCCAGGACGGAAUGGCCGUUGGUAUGUCUCAUGGGGGCGGUGUCGUGGGCAUGGCCAGCGAAGCUGAGGGUGUCGCGGCCGUAGCCGGUCGUCGUGCUGAACGUCCUGGAGCCGACGAUCAUGAAGGCCUCAGUCGAUCCCAUGGGUCUGGGAAAGAGGUGCUGGGCGACGAGGCACUCCGGCUCGAUGGAAAACAAGAUCUCCUCCUGCACCGCACCUGAAAUACUCACACAGACGCAGCAAGCUUGGCAGAGACAGGUCCACAUGGAUCAGUGCGUGUCUGUGCCUGUCUGUGUCUGUUUACCGUUUCCCAGCGUCCCGCCACCGAUGUGGGCAUUGGCGAAGUCGCCCCUGAUGCCCUUCGAGUCGAAGAUGGACGCAUCCUUCCCAAUCAUCAAGUGCACGUCCAUCAGGGGGAUUGUCGACCUCGCCCACUCGUCAAGUCCCGCCCCGGGGCCGUCCAGGGCUCGGAAGAUGACCACACGCUCUGUCUCGGUGGUCUUGCCCUGCUUGAUCGCCCGCGCCAUGGUGUCCAGGUAGUGGAUGAAGCACUGCAGCUUGGCCUUGGCAGAGGGUGUCUUGUUGUCGAACAGGCGGUCGAAGUUGAGGCUGCCCGGGUGGCCGUGCUUGUGCAGACAGAGGAAGUCCGCACCGAUGAGGACGAAGCACUGGCGGGCAGUCAUGUGUGCCUCCGUGCCGCUGUAAGAGUGGCUGGACGGGGGCAGCAGGGGGAAGCUGAGGUCGCUCUUGGAGAGGACGUCACACAGGACGGGCAGCGUCUCGUUGAUGAAGGUAGAGGUCAUCACCUUCUCCACGCCAUGCAAGCUGCCCCCCCGCCCGCCCAUGGCCGACUGCAGCGAGCUCAGCAGACGAGUGACAUCCCUGGGCUCCUUUGCGCGUCCAUAAUCCGUCGCAUAGUUGGCGAGGAUGGCCUUGACGUUGGCAGGUAAGCCGUGAUGGGCAGGCGACUGGCGAGACGAUGACGAAGACGACCAAAACGAUGAAUGCACCUACACAGCGCAGCCGAGCACAGCAGCUCCAGCCGGACACACCAAUUUCACCCAGGCAGCAGUGCCCUCGUGUUCUUGCUUACUCACCGGCUGUGUGGCUGACGUGUGUCCACCGGGGCCGUACCAGCAGUCACGCGAGAAGUGGUUGGAGUUCUUGUCCUUACACCACUUGCAGAAGUGCGUUGUGUGCUGCUCCGUGCAGCCAGGGACGCGGCAAGUCAUACCAAGCCAAUGCUGCACACACACACACGAUGGGACAAGUCCAAUCGCUGGAUGCUGGUAGGGUGGUUGCUCUCACCAUGGCUGUGUCCUUUGCAGGGCAGAUCAGGAAGUAUGGCCCUCUGUGCCUCUUCUCGCUCUCUUCGCUUGGCGGACCAAAGAAUGAAGCGCGGGAGAUGGCGAGCGGACCAAGACGGCUCAGCAGCUGAGGAAAUGCAGCAGGACAGGCAACAGGCAUACCUGCUAAUGUAUUCCUGUAGGUCGAGACCCAUCUGUGAAACCAGGUGAUCCAUAAUUCCUGUGGCAUCCUGUCGGCUUGUCCUGUCCUCGAGAGCGUCGCUGUUUUUUGUUCCCUGCUGGCCUUUGCGUCGUCUUGGAGACAAUCGAGCGAUACUCGCGGCGCAUUGCUGACCGACCUCUGAAGAGCCGAACACAGCCGAGAUCUUUGAGGAUCCAAAGGUCUGCAAACAAGGCGCAGCACAACAGCAACACAGCGUUUUGACAUCGUUCUCUUCCUUCAUGCUGUGUCAAAAAAG